CCUCCUCUGUGCACUCUGCUAUUUAGUAUCUGACACUGAGAUAUAGUUUCCAAAUAAAUAAUAACAGGGAGAAACUUCUCGCAUACGAAAAGUUAAGUAAGAUUUGAAUUUCAUUUGAGAUGUGAACAUCAUAACAGAUAAACGGGAGCGGGGAUACGGCAAUUUAGUCAAAUCUGCCUGGAUUUAAUUUAUUACUGAAAUAAUCUCCAAAUCCGAAUUCAAAGUGGAGACGCGUUUUACUGCGUUCCUGAGUUUCCUUAAAAAAGAGGAAUGGAGGAAAGUUCCAGCUCCCCGGUCUCUCCGGUGGAUAGUGAGGAGGAGGCAGACAGGCAGCAAAAGCGGCUUGGCAGGAAAAGGCGACCCAGCAAAAAACAGUGCGAGGACGGCAGCCCUGUUUCGAUUAAACGGACCAAGAAGGCGAGUCCGAGUUGCACGCACUCCUACGAGGAGCUGCAGAACCAGCGGAUUCUGGCCAACGUGCGGGAGAGGCAGCGGACACAGUCGCUGAACGAAGCCUUCGCGUCCCUGCGGAAGAUCAUUCCGACGCUGCCCUCGGAUAAGCUCAGCAAGAUACAGACACUGAAGCUGGCCUCUAGAUACAUAGACUUCCUGUACCAGGUGCUGCAGAGCGACGAGAUGGACAGCAAGAUGUCCAGCUGCAGCUACGUGGCUCACGAAAGGCUUAGUUACGCCUUCUCGGUGUGGCGGAUGGAGGGAGCCUGGUCCAUGUCGGCGUCCCAUUAGCCGUCGGAAUCGUUUACUUCUGUGUCAGAAGAUUUGGCUGAAGGAUUUAUCGCAGAACCCGCGAACGCCGAGCAUAAAGGACGGGAAAUGACUGGAUUUAAAUUGAACGCUCGGUGCCACGUUUUCUAUACAGCUUUGCACAACAGUAUUACAGCGAGUCAAAUUAUCUUCCUCAGGACGUACCCUACUUCAACGAAACUUUUUCAUUCAGGAAAAUAUUGUUUUUCUCCGGGAUCUCUAUCUUUUGCUUUAAAAAUUAAAUGUAUGGGGAUUUUGUACGUAUCUGUGUAAGUAUACCUCUGACAUUUUGAAGGAAUUGUUUGAAAUUGGAAUGGGCCUAAUACAUUCUUGAGGCAUGUGAUGCAUGACAUGAAAAAAUAGACAACAUUAAGCCUUCUUCAGCAAUACUGCCCUGUUCCGUCCAUUGUAAAAAACUUCAUUAUUAUUUAUUGAAUCUUUAAAAAAAAAAAGCUGAGAGCCGUGGAUUGUUUCACAAUGAAAUUGAAGAGUGUGCUCACUGUAAAUCGUUUUUUCCCCGAGUCUUCAUCAUUUAACCUGUAUUUAAAAGUCGAAGAAGGAAAGGCGAACUGGUUAGUCUGUAUGCGUAGGAAAACACAACCCCCUGUUUUGUACUCUAGAGCAGUGUUUGGUGCCAGACUGUCAAUCCUUAAAGAUGUUGGAAAAAUAAAUACAUUUUAUUUUGCAUAAGACUUAGCUCGAUUAUUAUCUUUAGUAGGAUAUGAUAAGGAAACCAGCGUUUUUAUUUAAAAAUACUUAAAUCUGAAAAGGAAGCCACUUUUUAGACUCCCUGUAUCACUGUUACAUUCUUGAAGCCAUUGCGAAUUAAAUAAGGCACGUUC